UCUACAUGUCCGGUGAGUGCUACUCUUCUAUAUCUUCUCUACUUUGUUGAAAUUUGCCUAUUAUCUGCUUUUGGGGCAAUACUGACAUUAAUCCAGUUAUAAAAUGAAGUAACCCUCCCAGAAGAGUUUAAGAAUUUAAACUGUGACCUAAAUCCUUCGUGCUUAUUUCUCUGAAAGUCUUUCUUAUUUAAGAAUAAUGUCACAUGGUUCACAAAUACAUACUUGGACCACAUGUCAGAAUACCUCUGACCUGCACAUUACAAAAAUAAAGUAACAGAGCAACCCAUAAUAACUAUUAACGCUAAAAUGAUUUACAUGUCAACAUCACACUUGCAAAAGGGUGGGGCAAAGCUACCAAAGCAGUACUUUCAUACGGAGCAGUGAGAGUUAUAGCACUUUGUAGCACAUGUUCUAUGUCUAUGCUACGUGGUCAAUUGCUUUAUCACAGUGAAAUGACUACUGAAGAGCUUUGUACUGGAUGACCAAUCCGAACGGUGAAGGUGACAAAACCCAUCAAGUCAUCAUUUUGUGACAGGUAAUAUAUUACUUUUUAUUCUUAUUCUUAUAAAAGUGCAUGUAUGAUAACCACACAUACAUGUAAUAAUAUUAGUUUUACAUUUGUGUAAAUAAGAAUCCAAAUAUAAAUACAUUACAAACUCCAUUUGUUAUGGGAAUACACUAAAAAAUUGUAUUGAUAUUACAGCACCGUAUAUUUCUUGAGACUGGUUUACCAUUUACUUGAGACUGGUAUCUUAGUACAGAGAUUCUAUGGAAAUAAUGACAAUGAACAAUGAAUCUGAAUAUGACUUCAAUACCACCUUUAUGCCCCUCACCAUACCAGCAUCAACAAACUGUACAAACCCUAAUGUAGACAGAUUAAUAAAAAUAUACUUUCUACCCGCAAUGUACAGCAUCAUCUUCAUAGUUGGAUUUCCAGGAAACAUUAUUGCAAUUUCAGUAUAUGUUAUGAAGAUGAGACCAUGGAGAACCAGCAUCAUUAUUUUGCUGAACUUGGCCAUCACAGAUCUCCUACACCUCAGUAGUCUUCCUUUCCUGGUUUACAAUUAUGCUAAUAAAGAGAAGUGGACUCUUGGAGACUUCAUGUGCAAGCUCAUCCGUAUUGUUUUCCAUUUCAACCUAUAUGGCAGCAUUCUCUUUCUUACCUGCUUCAGCAUCUUCCGCUACUUUGUCAUUGUUCAUCCAAUGAAAUUUCAUUCCAUCCACAAAAGAAGAUGGGCAGUCAUAGCUUGCUCAGCUGUUUGGAUCAUCGCCCUUAUUGAGGUCCUUCCAAUGGUUGUCAUGAUGAAAGAUGUUGAAGAUACAGUGGCUUGCAUGGACUUUGCAGCAUCUUUUAAUACAUAUGAUGUACGUUGGUAUAAUGCAUUCCUCACUUCCAUGGGAUUUGCAUUGCCUUUAAUAGUUGUGACACUUUCCUAUACCUGCAUCAACUUCAGCCUAGCAAAUGGACCAUAUACCAAUGAUAUUCAUAAGAAAAAGGCUCGUCGCCUUGUGGUGAUUCUUUUAGUGGUAUUUUAUGCUUGUUUUUUACCUUUACACAUUUUUAGAGCAAUUCGUAUUGAAACUCGACUGUAUCCAGUAGGCUGUAUAUAUGAGAAACAUAUCCAUGCCACAUACAUAGCAUCUAGACCCAUAGCUUCACUCAAUACAUUUGGCAAUUUGUUGCUAUAUGUUGCUGUUGGGGGAAACUUUCAGCAGGCUAUUCAGUCAGUUUAUAAAUCAAAUCCUUAUAAACAGCAACCAUAAAUCUGGUGACUUUUAGGGUAGGGUAACACUUAGUGUAAACGCAAUAUAUUUCACACUGUGCAAAAUACACAGCACAGUAAGCAAUAUGCUGUGUUUUCUCUUAUGAGCAGACACAUAGGGCUACUGCACUACUGCACACACACACGGCUGCCGUAAAUGGCCCUGUGGAUCUGUUCAUAGGUGAAUACGUAGCAUUUUUUAUGCUGCGCAGUGCGGAAUAUGGUGCAUAUACACAACAUGUGACCCUACCCUUAGGGCAGGGUCACAAGGGGGCGCAUACGCAGCAUAUUGUACACUGCAGAUGUGCCGUCAGAUGUUACAAGUGGGACUGCAGGGCAAGCUUGCGGCUGGGUAGCUCUGUGUGUCUGCUUGUAGUGGUGGAUUUCCCGUUAUAGUAGUCUGCCGCUACAAGUAAACCCACAGAGCUACCUGGACACAGUUGGGUGCUCUCUCUGCAGCCCCUCUUGUGACUGCCGUCAGCGCAUCACGUGACCCUGCCCUAUACUAUAAAUGUAAUGUUAUAUAUUUAUAUUUCAAGAAUAUUAGCAGCCCUAAAUAUAUUCAAUACCAGUCACACAUCACAUAUAUAUAUAAUUUACAAGGAUUUUUUUUACAUUAAAGCGGUACUCCACUGAAAACCCUUUUUUUAAAUCAACUGGUGCCAGAAAGUCAAACAGAUUUGUAAAUUACUUCUAUUUAAACAUCUUAAUCCUUCCAGUAUUUAUCAGCUUCUGUAUGUUCCAGAGGAAGUUCUUUUCUUUUUGAGUGUCCUUUCUGUCUGACCACAGUGCUCUCAGCUGACACCUCUGUCCAUGUAAGAAACUGUCCAGAGCACAACAGGUUUGCUAUGGGGAUUUGCUCCUACUAUGGACAGUUCCUGACAAGGACAGAGGUGUCAGCAGAGAGCACUGUAGUCAGCACUGUAGUCAGGCUACGCUCGCUUAAUUCCCGGCGGGUCCCAGCGGCUGUCAACAGCCACGUACCUGCUGGUAAUGGCGGACAUCAACGAUCGGGCUGAUGUCUACAAUUAACCCCUCAGGUGCCGUGAUCAAUACAGAUCCCGGCAUCUGCGGCAGUGCGGCACUUAUAAUGGCUGAUCUGAUCGCCCGCGGCAUUGCCGCGGUGAUCAGAUCAGCCAAGAUGGCAGACAGAGGUCCCCUUAACUGCCUCCAUCUGUCUCCCAGGGUCUUCUGCACUGAUCUGCCUUCAAGCAGACCUGAGUAGAAGAUCGCCAAUAAUACUGAUCAGUGCUUUGCCCUAUGUAUAACACUGAACAGUAUUAGCAAUCUAAUGAUUGCUAUAAAUAGUCCCCUAUGGUUAAAAAAAAGUGUAAAAUAAAUGUAAAAAAAAGUGGGGGAAAAAGUGAAAAAAUUUUGAAAAGCCGCUCCCCCA